GGGUGCUGUUGGCUGGAGGAGCCGCUCUCUGAACUUGUGAGGAGAGAGAGAGAGAGGGAGGAGAGCUGUGCUCUCUCUUCCCAGCAGAGUGCGUCCCGCUCCACACGCGCACACUCUCUCAUACAAACACAUACCACACACACACACACACACACACACACAUACACAGCCGGGUCACCCUACUUCCAGGCAGCGGACUGCUUCGCCUCCGCUCCCGAACACCGCACAUGAUCAGUGUGAGGGACGUCAGCGGACCUUUCCUACCUGUGCACCUCCGGCGUGCGUCUGACUAACUGCUGUUCUCUAACCCGCGGUUCUCCGCCCGGUGCCUCUGGAUUACGGAGAAAUAACGAGCAGCUUGGGCGCGUAAACUCUCGGGAUCAUGGAAUUAUGGAUAAAGUUGAUGUUGUUGUGCAGCUGCUGCUUUGGAGCAAGUGCGGACUUUGACGGCAGGUGGCCACGGCAGAUGGCCUCAUCCAACGGCCUGUGUCGAUACGGGGCCAGGGUGGACUGCUGCUGGGGAUGGACACGCCGCUCCUGGGGUCACUGCCAGCCUCUCUUCGCCUUAACUCACAGAGUAGUCGGGAUAAGGUGCCAGCCCCAAGCUGUGUGCCAGCCUGGCUGCAAGCACGGAGACUGCGUGGGACCCAAUAAGUGCAAGUGCCACCCUGGUUUCACCGGCAAGACCUGCAAUCAAGAAGAAGAGCUGGACUAUUUAACCCCACCAGUGUGGGCCAGUCACCUCCCUAUCUUUCUUCCUGUGGAUCAUCAGCCAGCGAGAGUAGUGAUGGAGGACCUGAAUGAGUGCGGGCUGAAGCCGAGGCCUUGUAAACACAGGUGCAUGAACACAUAUGGGAGUUACAAGUGCUACUGCCUGAACGGCUACAUGCUGAUGCCUGACGGGACCUGUGGAAAUGCUCGAACUUGUGGCAUGGCCAACUGCCAGUACGGCUGCGAGGUGCUGAAAGGAGAGGUCCGAUGUCAGUGUCCGUCACCGGGGCUACAGCUGGCUCCAGAUGGCAGAACCUGUGUGGAUGUGGAUGAGUGUGCAGCAGGAAUAGCUGUGUGUCCCCGGUUCAGGAAAUGUAUCAACACCUUUGGUAGCUACAUCUGCAAGUGCCACGAAGGGUUUGACCUGCAAUACAUCAAUGGGAAAUAUCAGUGCAUAGACGUGGAUGAGUGCUCUCUAGGCCAGAGCCACUGCGGCAGCUUCGCCACCUGCUACAACACGCCAGGCUCAUACAAGUGCAAAUGCAAAGACGGCUACAGGGGGAUGGGCCAUGACUGCAAACCCAUUCCUAAGGUGGUUAUUGACCCUCCGAGACCAGGCAAACCACCACCAAAUCAUCACAACCACAUCCCAGACUUGGAUCAGAGGAGAACCACUACCACAACCAUCCGCCCACCAGUGACCCCAAAGAGAAUCUUCCCCGUUAUCCCUAAAUCAACAGCUGCCACCAUGACAACAACCACGACCAAGGCACCUCUGCCUCCAAAGAGGGUCACCCCGCCUCCACGCAAGCCGUCAGUUCCCACCUGGAAGCCCUUUAUCCCCACCAGAAAGCCGCCAAUACCCACCCGCAAGCCCUACAUCCCACCUAAGCCAGUAGCUCCCACCAGACGCCCCCCAACACCGCCACCAGUCACUCCUGUAGACAACAGCAUCCAGAAGGAAGUCACCAAGCAGAGAGGGGACGUCCACAUACCGCGGAACCACGGCCACAACACCGUCCUCGGCAUCGACUUUGACAUUGAGCUCGGCAACACGGCAGACGAAGCCAAAGAUGACCCAGAAUCGGGGUAUCUGAGCUGCUCCUUUGAUGAUGGUCUUUGUGGCUGGAUCAGGGACAAAGAUGGAGACCUGCACUGGGAGACGACGCCUGAUCCGUCAGGUGGACGAUACCUCACCAUUCCUGAGGUAGGAAACAAGAGGACUGGACGAGGGGCCCGGCUGGUCCUCCCACUCCUCCCUCCCUGGAAUGACGGCAAUCUGUGCCUGUCAUUCCGGCACAAACUGGCAGGCCACCACGUGGGAAUGCUGCAAGUGUUUGUGAAGAAGGGAAAGCAGUACAGUCCAGCAGUGUGGGGCCGGACAGGUGGAAAUGGCUGGAGGCACACCCAAAUCACAUUAUGGGGCACAGGCCUGGAAAGUGUGAUCCUGAAGGGGGAGCGCGGGCGAGGCAGGAGUGGAGAGAUGGCCGUGGACGACAUCACCCUGAGGAAAGGCUCCUGCACAGAGGAGCACAAUCUGAGGAGACUCUGACUGACAGUACAGUGAAAGGCAGAAAGCAAACAAGAGGGAAAAUCAUCUCAAAGAGAACUGACUCUGUUGUGACACCCCCUUUACUCUGCCUGGGCUCUCGCCGACCCCACCCCUCAAUCCCCUCGCCCCCUAGCCCCAGCCAUCCUGUGAACAAUAUCCGAAAAAUUGUGCGUCUGCAGAACAGUUAGCAUCUCUUUCUCGACUGUCCGUGAAUAAAAAGAACUGAACCGAAUCUCAUGGGCGGAUCCCGGCAGCACUCUCCUGUCUUCGCAGCCCCCCUCUCACUCCAUCACCUUGUUACUCUGAAACCUGCAUGUACCUACUUACCAUGGAAAUGUCCUCCACCUAACACAGCUCUGGCAGCCUUCCAGCCUCACUGCUGAGAGGCCCACAUUCACUUCAUUUCUUCCUUGAGAGAGGAUCGUUCCCAUGCUCAGGAGUCGUCUGUUUUCCUUGCUUUAAUCUGUUAAACCACAAGCCAUUGCUUUUUAUUUGCUUGAUGUUAAAACAUGUGGCCAGGGGUGCAUUUUGUAACUGUUUUGAUCAGCAAAAUAUCAGAGGUGGUAUACAUUUCUUUGAAGGUUAGAUUUUAAAAAAAAAAAACUAUGUAAAAGACAGAAUUUGGUUCUAAUCUGGAUUACUCCAAAUCUGAGUCAGAGUCAGUUAAGGCCUUUGCAUUUUUGGUACUGCAACUGUUCUACAGCACAGUUUUGACUGAAAACAGAGCAGCUUUACUUUUAUUGUCACAGUAUUUCAAAGAUCUGUUUGGUAGAAAGGGGUUUGAAAAUUAAACACUUUUUCUACCCUGAUCUGUUACUGAAGCCUCCUAAAGUUGUUGAAACUCUCUAGUCAUGUUCUUCAGAUACUUGAAAUGUGUCAAACAGAAUCAGUGUUUGAUUUGUGACACUUGCAAAUCAACAGUUACUUAUUACUUAUUACUUAUUACUUAUGUGCUUUGUUAUAUUAAGUGCAGUUUGUUAUAAAGACAACCUCACCGACAACUUUUUAGGCUUUCACAAAUUGUAUUAUUGUAAAUGUAGUUGCGUGUACAUACUCAGAAUCUUCUGUCCCAUUUGUUGCGUGGUUUAUACAUUACAUUAAUUCAUAUAUGAAUAUUAAUUGGAUUUCAAAAUGGUUGGUAAUUCAGCUUUUAAUUAAAAGAACAUGUAUACGGAUUGAACCCUUGUGUAGUGCAAGGCGGUGUUUAAAGUGCACAAAAUGUGUAUGUUCGUGUGUUAUGGUAUAAUGCUCUGUCUGUAACUUGCAAAGCACAUAUUUGCAUAUUGUAUGCUGUGAUAAUGAAGGGCAUCGGCUGGAAUUUAGAGGUUUUCUGUAUGCAUGGGUGCAUUCACCAAAUUCAGAUUUAUCCAGACCAGUAUGUAAAUAAAAUACAUUUGACUGAUA